AUGCCGGCUACGAGUUCGACAUUUGCUUCACAUCGGUACAGAAACGGGCUAUCCGCACCCUCUGGACUGUCCUGGACGCCAUCGAUCAGAUGUGGUUACCUGUGAUCCGGACCUGGCGCCUGAAUGAGAGGCACUACGGGGCCCUCACCGGUUUGAACAAGGCUGAGACGGCAGCGAAGCACGGCGAGGCACAGGUGAAGAUCUGGAGGCGCUCGUAUGACAUCCCUCCACCUCCUAUGCAGUCUGAUCACCCCUUCUACAGCACCAUCAGCAAGGACCGCCGCUACGCUGACCUGACAGAGGACCAGCUGCCCACAUGUGAGAGCCUGAAGGACACUAUCGCCCGGGCUCUGCCUUUCUGGAAUGAGGAAAUUGUCCCACAGAUCAAAGAGGGCAAACGAGUCCUUAUCGCUGCCCACGGCAACAGCCUGCGUGGGAUUGUCAAGCACCUGGAAGGCAUGUCGGAAGAGGCCAUCAUGGAGCUGAACCUGCCCACUGGCAUCCCCAUCGUCUAUGAGCUGGACAAGAACCUGAAACCCGUCAAGCCCAUGCAGUUCCUGGGGGACGAGGAGACAGUGCGCAAGGCCAUGGAGGCCGUCGCUGCUCAGGGCAAGGUCAAGAAGUGAGGGCAGGAAGCAGGCUAGCACAUAGUAGAGGAGUCCCCCACCGUUCCCCCACCCUUCUGUGCACGUCCCCCACAACAGUAGGAACUUGGAGCUGCCAGGAUGGAGCAGCCCUCCAGCAUUUCGCCCGUGCCCUUGGGACCAGGCUCCCCUCUGCAG